CAAUAUUAGAAAUAAAAUAACGUUAGAAAAUUAUUUCGUGUAUAUGUAAGGGAAAACUAUUAUCAUUAAAAGCAUUAUUCCAUGCCUUUUUGUCUAAAGCCCAAUCAAAAUUCUACGAUGGAAGAAUAUUAUGUGGUAUCAGACGUCUCCGUAGUAGAUGUCUACGAUGUUGCUUCAGAAAUAGGAAAGGAAUGUGAAAAAUUAAUAGAUCUAUUCGGAGUUGAAUCUGUAACCAAUUUAAUGCCAAAAGUAAUAAACGCAUUAGAAUUGCUUGAAAAUUUAGCUGUUAGAAAUGAAAGGGAAAAUACUAUUGUUCAAGAAUUAAGGGCUAAAAUCAUUCAACUUGAGAGUGAUAAGAUUGGCAAAGCUGAGGAUAGACAACGAUUUGAAAAAGAAUUAGAGCAAAUUGAAGAACAUUGGAGACAAGAAUCACGAGAUUUAGUUGGUAUGGUAACAAGAUUGCAAGAAGAGAAUAGACGAUUGGCAGAAGCACUACGGGAAUCUGAAAGUGAUAGUCAGUACAGCGGUAAACAAAGUUUUACUGCUAGCCAAGAAGUGGACGUUUCUGUUUUACAACAUUUAAGAUCUAUGAUAGAUAAACAACGUGAUCAAAUUAGAGCAAGAGAUAGAGAAUUAGCGCAGAAAAAUUUAGAAAUAGAAAAUUUAACAUCACAAGUUGAGAAAUUAGGUGUAGUGGGAAGAGAAUUGAAACGCAAGCAACGUCAAGCACAGAUGCAAGCUCGUGGUCUUGUUGAAGAGAGGGCUGAUUUUUUAGCACAAUUGCAAGAUCAAAAUCGUGAAUUAAUACAAUUAAGAGGUAGACUGGGAUUGGCUAAGAAGGAAAAUGAAGAUUUAUCUAAAUCCCAAGGGUGUCCUGAUUUAACGAAUAAAGCUGUUUAUGAUCUGGAUGAUCCUGAUAGGCCCAGAUUUACAACUGCUGAAUUAAAAGAGAUCUUACACGAAAGAAACGAAUUGAAAGCAAGAGUAUCUGAUUUAGAAGACGAGUUAGAACUUUAUCGACCAAAACCAGAAGUACCUAUAGAUGACAAAGAUGCACCUGUACAAGGUCCUCUUCCAUACGAACCAGAUGAUGCGCCUUGGAAAAAAUCAUCCGAGUCUGGUAUUCGCAAAUUUUUCAGAAAAAUCUUUUCCGAGUCAAGUAGCAGCUUUUUAGGAGGUAGUAGCCCGCGACGAAGUCUUUCCAGUCUUUCAAAAAUGGCAUUAUCCAGUAAUAGCACCUGUGAUGAAUCUAUAGACGCGUUAAAAGUUAUGGACAUUUAUUAGAGAUAUUCGACGCGUAGAAAAAAAAGAUUGCACUUCUUGAAUACGACGCAGCGAGGAUGUUAAAAGUAUAUUUCAAUUACAUAUCUAUUAUUAUAUUAGCACUGACACAUUAUUAAAUAAGAAAAUGAUGAAAAUCAUAACGUAUGUUUUUUGUGCCAUUACAUGUUUAAAUGUAGCGGUGUUAUAUACAAUAAUAUAAUAUAUAUAUAUACAUAUUAUAUAUGCACUUUCUUUAUUUAACAUUUUGUAAA